AUGAAACGCGCGAGAAUCGACGGUCCGGACAAGACCCCGUCCUCGGGGGGCCCAGCCGGCCAUCAAGUCCACAUGCCAAAGAUCUCAAGGAAGAUACGCGCUUGUCAGGAAUGCCAAAAUCGUAAGAUUAAGUGCGGCAUUGAGCCCGGCCAGAAUCAGUGCGCCCGUUGCUCCCGCCUAGGUCUGCAGUGUGUCGUCAACAAGAGUCUCCAGACCCUCCUCGACAGCGAAAAUGAGUGGAAGACCAAGAUGGAGAUGCAGCUGCAAGCACUGCAAGCCUCUCUGAACGACGUUCAACGACACAUCGGCAUGCCGCAGCUCGUGCCGCUCCACGGCUAUCACGAGGGCGGGGGCAUGUCUCAGAGUCCAGUGAACCUCGCCGGAUCACAGAGCAGUCCCGGCACCGGUCCAUCACCCAUUCGACCGCCAGACGUCACAGCCAUGACGAGGGAGAAUUCACCAGAAAUUCACACAACACAAGACAAUGGCGAAGACCAGGCGAUAGUGAGCGCGCCAAUGGCCAGCCUCUAUGAGGUCACCAAACUGCGGAACAUCCGGAGCGAUCCGGGGGGCCGGGUCCACCUCCCGUCGAACCGGGCCCAGGAACCCGAUUUCAUUGCGCUGGGCAAAUUUAGCCUCCAAGAGGCGGAGCAGCUUUUCUCCACGUUCCGCAACACUCUUAACGCGUACUUGUGGGGAGGCAUCGCGCUAGUCCACGAUACCCUCGCGGCUACGCGCUUAUCCUCUCCCCUUCUCACCGCGGCCAUCCUCGCCGUAACCGCCCUACACGCCCAGGACGAAGGCCGCGCCUUUGACACAUGCUAUCCCAUCUUUCUUGAGCUGGCGAGCCAGUCCAUGUUUGACCGGUACCACACUCUUGAUGAUGUUCGUGGACUAUGCGUGGGGGCCUUCUACCUGUCUGACCUCAGUUGGAAGUUGAGUGGUCUUGCUGUGCGAAUUGCAACGGAGCUUAACCUUCACCAGUUCUGUGCUAAAGCAUUGAACAACGGAUCACCGCAGUAUGUCGAACAGGCAAGACUAUGGUACUUCCUCUACGUUUGCGACCACCAUUUCAGUAUUGCCUAUGGGAGGCCGCCAGUCAUCAACGAGGACGCUAGUAUUGUCAAUCAUGAAGCUUUUCUGAAGCUGCCUGGUAUCACCCAGGCCGACCAUCGCCUUCACAGUCAAGUUGGCGUUUUCAUCAUCUUGAGUCGCAUGUUCCACACAUUCGGCCCGGACAGAUCAAGACAAGUCGCCAGAACCGAGUUCGUAAAGCUUCAAGAGUUUGACAAUGAGCUUGGUCAUUGGAAAACCAGAUGGGAAACCCGGUUAGAAACGGACAAGCACAUCUCCAAGUAUCCCGCCAAGGGCGUCAUACUUCACUACCAUUUCGCCCGUCUCCUACUCUUCUCCGUCUGCUUACGCGGCCUUAAUGCGUCAAACCCACAAGACCAGUUCGCCGUGUGCGACGAACGCCGCAGCUUCAUCAACACGGCGAUCUCAAGCGCAUCGGCCGCUCUGGAGCUGAUUCUGAACGAUCCAGACAUGCGCAAGGCAGUCAUUGGCGUGCCCUUGUACCUACUGACGACCAUCGCGUACGCCGCCAUGUUUCUGAUGAAGGUAUACAUGCAGUGGAAGCAGGCCAAGGUGGACAUUCACUACGACAAUGUGGUCUCGGUAAUAGAACGGAUCAUCGCUCUCCUGGGAGAGCAGAGCCGUUGUACCCGACAUGUGGCCCAUUACAUCGGCCGCGGCCUCAGCAACAUGCUCGACAAAUUCAAGGAGCGUGGCCCGCAAGAACAGUACUAUGUUGCGAGCGGUCAGCCGGGCGCUGUCGGCAUUCCAGGGCAGGAACCGGAUACGAUUGCGACGAUGAGCGAGGAGGAGAACGAACGGAAGCAGUCCGUCGAGAUGAAGGAAGACAAGAACGCCGUCGCCGUCGACCCUGCGGACAGCGAGCUCGCCGAGGCGCUGAGGAAUUAUGUCCCCGGCACCCAGGAGGAGAAGGCUCUCGUCCGCAAGAUCGAUGCCUACCUGAUGCCGAUUCUCUGGAUCAUGUACAUCCUGAACUAUGUCGACCGCACGAACAUCGGAAAUGCCAAGAUCGCGGGUAUGCAGAAGGACCUCGGCCUCACCGACGACGGCUACGCAUGGGUUCUGUCUAUCUUCUUCUUCGGCUACCUCAUCUGCGAGGUGCCGUCCAACAUGAUCCUCAGCCGUACCCGUCCCUCCAUCUUCCUCCCCGGCAUCAUGCUCGUCUGGGGAGCCCUGAGCGCGCUCAUGGCCAUCUCCAAGAGCUACGGCGCGCUGUUGGGCUUCCGUUUCGUCCUCGGGUGCAUCGAAUCAGGCUUCUUCCCGGGUGUUCUCUUUGUCCUGAGCUGUUUCUACACGAAGAAGGAGCUGGGAAAGAGAUUCGCGAUCUUCUACACCGCAGCCGUUCUGAGCGGUGCCUUCGGCGGCCUGCUCGCCGGCGCAAUCACAUCCAACCUCCACGACGCACACGGCAUCGCCGGCUGGCGCUGGCUCUUCAUCGUCGAGGGCGUCGCGACGGUCGGCGUGGCCAUCGUCGCCUUCUUCGUCAUCCUCGACUACCCGGCCACCGCCAAACAACUAACCCCGGCCCAGCGCCAGCUGGCCACCGUGCGCAUCAUCGCCGACGGCAUCGCGUCCGGCAACACCACCUCCACCACCCGCCUCUCCCACUGGCAGGCCUUCGUCGCGGCCGUCUCGGACCCGCGCACCUGGAUGUUCCUCGUCCUCUUCACGCUCGACGUCGGCGCCGGCACCAUCUCCUACUUCAUCCCCACCAUCACCCUCACCCUCGGCUACGACACCGUCAAGGCGCAGUACAUGACGGUGCCCAUCUACGCCGUGGCCUCCGUCUGCCUCAACAUCAACGCCUGGAGCUCCGACCGCAACGGCGAGCGCCGGUGGCACGUCGCGGCGCCGCUGGCCGUCGGCUUCGCGUGCAGCGUCGUCUGCGCGGCCGUCACCCACGCCGUCGUGCGCUACGUCAUGAUCUGCUUCGUCGCGGCCGGCAUCUGGUCCGCCCUGCCCCUGGUCUUGUCCUGGACCAGCGGCACCAUCAGCAUGCCGGCGGAGAAGCGCGCCAUCGUGCUGGCGCUGGUGAAUGCCUUUGGCAACUUCUCGAGCGUGUACGGGAGCCGGAUCUGGCCGAGCAAGGACGCGCCGCAGUACCACGUCGGUUUUGGUGUGACGGCGGCGUUCUUGGGCGCGGGUAUGAUCAUCGCCGUGUUGAUUCCCAUCAUGAUUAAGAUGGUGAACUGGAAGGGUACGCAGGCGGAGAAGGAGCUUGCUGCGCAGCGGGAGGCCGGGGAGGGCAGCAACUGA